AACUCUUUCACACUUCUCUCUAAUUUAUUUAUUUUCUGAAAGCCAAACUAUACACGAGCACUUUGGCUAUUACAAAAGUUUUCAUAAGAAAGGUGCAAAAUUUGAGUACCGAUCGAUACCCCAUAAUGUUUAAUCAAUUAUUAGCAGUUUAUUCGAUCCAAAUUCCAACAUCUGACAACGUUAAACGCACCUCUUCCAGUUUUAAUCCAACAAUAUGGGGAGAUCAGUUUCUCAAAUAUGCUACUGAUUCUAAGCAGAUGAAUGAUGCUUCGAGUGAGCGACAACACGAAGGAUUGAAGCUAGAAGUGAGAAGAAUGAUAAGGAAUACGAAGAGCGAGCCUCGCAAUAUAUUGAGUUUGAUUGAUGCGGUUCAGCGAUUAGGCGUUAAUUACCAUUUCAAGAGUGAGAUAAACGAAGCACUGCAAAAGGUUUUCGAUGACGACGAUGAGAUCGAGGACCUUUACAGUGUUGCUCUUCGAUUUCGGCUGCUCAGACAACAUGGGAUUAAGGUUUCAUCUGAAUUAUUUGACAAAUUCAAAGAAAGUGAUGGCAACUUUAAAACAUCCAUUACCAAUGAUGUAUUUGGCAUGCUAAGUUUGUACGAGGCAGCCCAUCUUAGCAUACCAGGAGAAAAUAUCCUAGAUGAAGCCCUAGAUUUCACUACGGCGACUCUUCAAUCAUUUUUGCCGGAAUUAACCAAUCAUCUUGCGACACAUGUAAGUCAUUCAUUGAACCGUCCUAUCCGAAAAUGCUUGCCACGGUUAGAGACAAGGUACUAUAUCGAUGCCUAUCCUAUGGAGAAGUCAUACGACGAGACGUUGUUGAAAUUUGCUAAAUUGGAUUUCAAUAUGUUGCAAAAAUUACACCAAAAGGAGCUCUAUAUCGUCAGAGAGUGGUGGAAAACUUUGGAUGUGGCAACAAAUUUACCUUAUGCAAGAGACAGAAUUGUGGAGUUGUACUUUUGGAUGAUGGGAAUUUACUUUGAGCCUCAAUAUUCUUUUGCAAGAAUAAUGAUGACAAAAAUAAUCGGAACUCUAUCCUUAUUGGAUGAUACUUAUGAUAACUAUGCUACAUUUGAAGAAGCUGAGAUUUUAACAGAUGCUAUUCAAAGGUGGGAUAUAAAGGCCAAAGAUGCUCUUCCAGAGUACAUGAAAAUGAUUUAUAUUACGUUGCUUGAUAUCUACAAUGAAUAUGAAGAAAAUGUUGCAAAUGAACAAAAGCCACUUUACUCCCUGUAUUAUGCCAAAGAAGCAAUGAAGAGAGUAACGCGAGCCUACUUAGCCGAAGCUAAGUGGCUCGAGCAGGAUUACAUUCCAACAAUGGAGGAAUAUAUGAAAGUUUCACUCAUAACUUGUUGUUAUCCAAUGCUGGCAACAACUUCGUUUCUUGGCCUGGGGGAAAUUGCAACAAAAGAUGCCUAUGAGUGGGCUUCGAAAGACCCUAAAAUUAUAAGAGCUUCAGCAAUUAUUGGUAGACUAAUGGACGAUAUAGUUUCUCAUGAGUUUGAACAAACAAGAAAACAUGUGGCUUCAGCUGUUGAAUGCUACAUGAAGCAAUACGGUGCAUAUGAAGAAGAGAUAGUAAAAUCGUUUCGGAAGGAGAUUGAAAACGCAUGGAAAGAUAUAAACGAGGAUCUCCUCAACCCGACUCCAGUUCCAAUGCCACUGCUGGAGUGUGUUUUGAAUCUUGCACGAGCAAUGGACGUAAUAUAUAAGGAUGAAGACGGAUACACAAAUUCUCAUAUCUUGAAAGAAUUGGUUGCCUCUGUUCUUAUGGACCAUGUACUCCUUUGAGCAGUACUCUUAUUUCGUAAUUUAUUACCUUAUUGAAUAUGAAAAAUGUAAUAAAAUUGGCGAGUUUUGUUGGGAUUAAAGGUUCUUGGCAUACUUUAAUUUAUGUGCUGUCUUUUUUGCUAUGCAUAAAGAUUACUUGUGAAAGUUGUUUAA